AAAACUAAUAAUAUUGUUCAAAGGAUAAAAAUGAGUUUAAAAAAAAAUAAAAAUAAAAAAUGUAAUUUCAGCAAAUACCUAGUGAAUUAAAUAUUUGAACUUUGAAAUAUGUCUAAACUAUUUGAAAUUACCCGGCAUUGUUCUGACAUUUCAUCGCACGCACAUCACACCCUCAUGUUGUAUAUAGAGUACACAUAUGGAUGUAUACCAAUAUUAUCAAAGUGUAAUAAUGUACGAAAAUGUCAUAUUGGAGCAAUAAAGUACUGCAGUUGUUUAAUUCUUCCUUUAAAUAAAUCCUGUAAGAUAUCAAAGUAAAUAUAAGAAAAUUCAACGAGAAUGGAGUUUUUCACGCCGUGAUCUCUAAUCGUUAAAUCCAGCGACUUUUAAGCCUCUAUAUGCCUCGCCGAUAAGAAUAUAACCUCACUUUGAAGGUGAUUUAAAAAAAAAGAAUAAAAUUAAUACUGAAUUUAAUAAAAAUAUGGAGGGGGCCAGAGAAACGGUGAUUGUAAAAGAAAAAGAAAAUGAGAAACCAGUUUUGCUUAGAAAUGUGAAAGUGAUUGUAAAGGUGAGAGGGGACCACUACUAUCCUUUCAGUGGAAAUGUCAACGUGUCUUGGUCAAACCAUCACAAUCAGUAAUAUCAGCAUUCUCGUCGGUUACUGCGAAUCGUGAAGAUUCCUUCGACUUUGCGGAAAUUGAUAUAGAUAAAUUCAGAUAACAAUCAAUACAGAUAUAACUUUUAUUCUGUGAUUCAAACAUUAAUUUUAUAUCAUGGAAGUGAACUGUUUAAAAGAAAAACUUGAGAAAUUUAAUCAAGUGCAUUUACUCCGGUUUUGGGAUAAAAUUUCCGAUCAGGAGAAAUCCACGCUUUUUAAGGAUAUUUUAGAAUUGGACCUUCAGGAGGUCACGUCUUAUUUUGCAAAAUCUUUAAUUUCCAUUAAGGCGAAUCGAGAGAGUUUAGAUUCUAAAAUACAACCAAUUCCGGAAAAUAUUUUCGAAUCUAUUUAUUCGUCGACAGAAGAAAAAUUAGAACAAUACGAAUUGACAGGAUUGAAGGAAAUUUCCGAAGGGCGAGUCGCUAUACUUUUAUUAGCUGGAGGUCAAGGUACUCGACUUGGUGUCAACUAUCCCAAGGGAAUGUACGAUGUUGGACUUCCCUCACACAGCACUUUAUUUCGUUUGCAAGCCUUGAGAAUCCGAAAACUGCAAGAACUAGCAGAAGAAAAGUUCAAAAAACAUGGUCAAAUUACAUGGUACAUAAUGACCAGUGAAGCAACUCACGAAACAACUUUGGUAUAUUUCGAGAAAAACGAUUAUUUCGGUUUAAAGAAGGAAAACAUAAGAGCCUUUAAACAAGAAAUGUUACCCUGUUUCACUUUCGAUGGUAAAAUAAUUCUUGAUGAAAAAUAUCACAUAUCGAAAGCUCCGGAUGGAAAUGGGGGACUUUAUCGAGCUCUAAAAAUGCAAGGAAUAUUGGAAAACAUGACUAAGCGCGGUAUAAAUAGUGUGCAUGUGUUUUCGGUCGACAAUAUCCUUGUAAAAGUGGCUGAUCCAGUCUUUCUCGGAUUUUGUUUAUCGAGAUCUGCCGAUUGUGGAGUCAAAGUGGUACCAAAACGCUCGCCAAACGAAGCAGUGGGAGUUGUUUGUCAGGUUGAAGGACAAUAUCGAGUUGUUGAAUACAGUGAAAUUACAUCAACAACGGCUGAGUUGAGGAACAAUGACGGGGAAUUAGUAUUUAACGCGGGCAAUAUUUGUAAUCAUUAUUUCACUCUAGAUUUCCUUUGUGCCGUUGGAAAUGAACACGAAGGAGAACUUGAUCUUCAUGUUGCAAAGAAGAAAAUUCCCUACGUUAAUGAGAAAGGAAUAAAAGUUAUUCCCACUUCUCCAAAUGGAAUCAAGGUUGAAAAAUUUGUCUUUGAUGUUUUCAAGUUUGCCAAAAAUUUCGCGGUUUGGGAAACAAUUCGCGAAUGUGAAUUCAGUGCGUUAAAAAAUCCAGAUGUCGCUGGAUUUGACUGUCCAUCGACAGUUCGCAAAGACUUGAUGUCAUUGCAGAAAAAAUGGCUUAUAAAUGCUGGCGCACUUUCUGUUAAUGGUGACGUUGAAAUCUCUCCUCUUUUAUCUUAUGCAGGUGAAAAUUUAGAAAAAAUGUCGAAAGGAAAACAUAUUCAUGGGCCAGUUGUUCUUUCGUCACACUUGUGAAUAUUUUAAUGCAUGAAAAAGAACUCGAAAAUUUUUAUUACAAAAUUAAAUAGAAUUUUUUACUACCAAUACGGUAUUAAAGAUAUUAUCUGAUUUCUAAAUGCUUGUUAUGUUAAACUAUUUUUUUUUCUGUUUUUUAUUAAGAAUAGCUUCAUUAUUUGUGAAGACAAUAAAGUAUAUAUUAUGUAGGUAUCUAUUCGGAACUAGAAGCUCUUGUGCCUUGAGCGAUAUUUAUAUCAGUGUACAAGAUUAAAACAUUCCAAGAACUGAAUAGUCUAUAGAUGUAA